AUGCUUGACGUGUCCUCAGCACCGGCCCCCGCUAGUCACUCUGUCGUGAGAGAAUUGUUGAAGCCGAGAUUCGCCCACCGAGUUUCAAAUGCCGUGCCACCAGAUCGUGUCCCAGAGGUCAUUCCUGAAAAGCGUGUGGAGCCUGAGAUCGCCCUAACCACUCCGAGUGCUGCCACAUCUGUCAAUCUCAAUAAACCCAAGGAUGUUUUGGGCCCAUCUCAGCCACUUGAACCAAAGCUGCUCGAGCGCACAGAGAUUCCGAACACACCAUCACAACGAUCGAGCCAGUUUGACAGUUCUAUACCCGAACAUUUAUCAGAAAAACUCCCUAACGACCGUGUCUCCCAACAAAACACCUCUACGCAAGAUGAUGAGGAUGCAUUGGCCCUCGAUGAUCCGAGCCACACCCAAAACCAGGUCCCUUUCACAGCUUUGUGCUCGGGCUGUCGAAAACAGACCGCAUUAGGCAAGGCCGGAGAGAAAGAUGCUCAGUGUCCCGGCUGUCGCACAAAAUUACGUAUUGCAGAAAAGGGCCAACAAGAGAUACCGGAGACUCCGGAUGUCGACACCGCUCGUCGUCAUGCGUCACUCCUACCAACGAGCUCGGCAAAUUCGAUUAGUCAUCAAUCAGCUGCAAGACUAGGUAAUCAUGAAGUGGAAAUGGUUUCCUCAACACAUGUUCCGCCCAUGUCAGAGAACAAGCCUGGGUCAACAACGGCCAUAACCGGCCCCUUGUCCUGGUUCGACCCAGAUCGGGCAAAGAUCCUGCCGGAUAUAGGGAAGGUUCGUGAUAAUGCUCUGCCUGGCUUAUCCUCCGCAGACACACCAGCUCCAGAUGCCUUGAUUACUUCACAAGAAACCUCACUUGAGCAGAGUGCGCCGAUAGAAGUAACGUCGACUGCUGAAACUCUUGGCCAGAAGACUAUGUCAAGACCCAACGAGAUAAACCCGGAAAGUUCAUCGUCCAACAGCGCUUCAGUACCACAGGUCAAUGAGCCGCAAGAGCGCUCUGUCCAACCCGCUGAGACGCCAGAUCUCGACGACUUAGCAGGAACGUCCGGUCCGCAUGUUUUUCGUUCCGCCUCAACACAUAGUCUAGAUCUGCUAGGAGAAAACGAAUAUCGGAAUCUGGCAUCCACUGUUCCUGAACCUACCCAAGUGGGUACGCACAUGUCGCCUAAGCACCCUUCUACCAAUGGUUUGCCGGAUCGAGCUGCCCCUGCAGCGGCCAAGGAACACGAGUCAGCGGUUUCAAAGUCGAAUGAGACGGUUGAAAGAGAUUCCAAUAUCUCUGAAAGCCUGACCGAAGCACACUCAGGUCCGUCUAUACCAACGAAGCGUCACACAAACCGCGAUUUAGCUAGGAUAGCCUUGGUGUGUGCACAAGGCACAGGUAUGACCGCGUUGGAGAUGAUCGACUGGCUGGCUUUGAGAUUCUCCUACUUGAAAAAAGGCCAAGGUGCCUGGGAGAAGAGUCUUAAGUCAGUUCUCUCCCAUCAACCUGAGUUCUACGGCGAGAAGCCUUCAGGACGGCCAAAUGAACGUGUUGUGUACAACUUCACUAGCACAGCCAAUAGGGCGAAAUACGAGGAAGAGUACCAUGAGUACCUUCCUUUGCCUUCAGUGCCGGGACCCCAGGACGGUCACCGGGAGGCCAGGAAGAGUACACCACAGCGUGCUGUAGCGGACAAUGUCAUGCAGCACGAGGAAAUCCAGGAUAAACAACCAACUCAGACCAAGAGAAGAAUUACCAGAGCUAUCAAGAGUGCACCAAGCCGCCGGAAUGCUAUGACUCACGAUUCCCUACCGACACCAAUGACGGAGGAGGUUACUACAGAUGCUGAACCAGGAUUCAACCCAUUCGAGCGUGCUACUGUCUCACGUCCGACAAGGGCGCCUGUUAACGAUCUCGAAGCCCAACGCGGAACGGACUUCCGGAGUGCAUAUUCGCCCAACAUAGCGCCUUCAAUUGAGACCAUGACCUCGGAAGAGAAGGCUGCAAAGAUUGAAGAGAUCAAGGCCAGGCCAUCACGGAAGCAAUUCUUUGGAGCGAAUUGGCGUUUGGCACACGUGCGAAAAUACGGGCGGGAGGAUAUUCAUGAUGAAAGCGAUGGUGCAUGGAUGCCUCAUGACACAUCGGAGAGAUCGAUGACGGAUCGCAACUCUGCUCCGAACGAUCGCGAUGAGAAUCAGUCUUUGUUACAGGUCUUCAAUCUUCCGACCAAUACUCGCCCUUUCAGUGACGGCAACGAGCUGGUUUUUCGGAAUACCACGUUGGUUAAUGGACGACUGCCCCGGUCGCGGCAGGCAUAUCGAGUGGGCAAAGUGUUUGGGGGAGAACUCACUAUCAACUGA